UCACAAAAGAUAAGAAGUAAAGUGCCCUACAACUGCAAGAUUGAGAUCUGAGAUUUCCAUUGACCCAAAGAGGCCCCCAUUCACUUCACGCGCACUAACUUAACCUACCAUCUUAGACUUGACACGCUUGGCUUGACCACUAGGCAAAGCAUCAUGCGCUUUCAAGUCCAGGUAAGGUUGUUUUCUAACUUUUCUCAAUUGAUGAAACAAAUCCAUUACAAAAAAUGUAAAAAUAGCAUCAUCUGUCUGUUUGCACAAAACAUCGUUUUCUGUUUCCACGAACAGAUGCUGGUUCGCUGAAGCAUCCUUGAAGCCUGUAAUUUCAACUCAAAUUCAGGGUAGUUUAGUCAAUCAAUUUGCUUAUAAUUGCAUGUAGUGUAACAUGGUCCACAUUACAUCAUCAUUGCCAUGUCCGCUAUAAGUACCCCAUAUCUGUGGUGUUUGCGAAACAGUAUAGUUCAUAACAUGUACCUCAAGGGGAGACAAGAUUCUUAGCCUCUGCUGCCCUUUCCUCCUUUCUUUUUAGUUCUACUCUCUCUUUUGGUUUUCCUCAAUUUCAGUGUUCUCUGCAGUUAAAAGAAAGAGUUGUUUAGAUUCAGACCCAUAAAGCGGCAGGUGCUUCGAUUGAUAAACGCUGCUUCCUCUUGUAUAAAACCUGCAGCUAUUGCGUGUCUUCUCCAAUUCUGAGGAAGAAGCAAGCUUCAGAAGUUUAAGCAAAGUUUAGAAGUCAGGAACUUAAUUGAGAAGAUCAAGCAACCUUCACAAUUGGAAUCUUCUAUAAUAAUUCAGGAUUAAUCAUCAAAAGACAUGAGUGUUUUAUAUAGCUCUAAUUUCAAGUUUCCAGAAGCAGAACUGAGAAAGAACCAAGAAAUCAUGGAUACGAGUCACUAUCUUCAACAACACCACCAGUAUAAUUCUGGUCUAACUUGCUAUCGCUCGGCGCCAAGCUCAUUCCAUGAGAACCUUGUCAACGGUAGUGUCACCGCAAGUGGUACGGAAUUCGAAGAUUAUCGAGAUAUUCGAUCCACUAGUCCUGAAAUGGAAACAUUCUUUAUGUUGUCUUCUAAUGGUUCAGGCAAUUCUAAUUGCCAUGAUAUGAAAGAAUACGAAGAGAAAUCUGUGAAGCAAGAAGAUUCACUGUCUAUUUCUCUAGAGAAUGGCUUUUCUAGUAGUUCAGAAGUGCUGUAUCAAAGCUUACCGGUGCAGAGUUUGGCAAAUGGUAAUUCAGUUGAUGUUGCUAAUAGCGUAGAGAGUUCAUUUGGUCUUAGUAGCUCUCUGGGGUUGGAGAAUUCGAUGCAAGCAAAACUGGGCAAUGGAAAUGGCUCCAAUCUUGCUAGGCAAAGCACCUCCUCCGCUGAUUUUUUCUCCAACCUAGGCUUAGAUAAUGGUUUUAAUGGAAUCAGAAAAAUGAGUACUUGCCGGGCUUGCAAUGGUACCAAUGAUGAAACUACAUCUACAAGUAGAUUGUAUAGUAAUCAUGUCAGCUUUUCCUCUGGGCCAUCUUCAUGUUCAAGGCCAAUGCCUCGAAUUGCUGAAGUUGAGAACGAAAGUGUGAGGGUGAGUGGUCCUGAGAAUGGAAGCUUGGGCAAUGUUAAUGGUAGCAAUGGGCACUUCAUACCCAACUUGAGGACUGAUUCUUGGAAUAAUGCUUCGCUCGGUGGCCUGAAGAGAGCCAGAGAAAGUGAUGGAGACUUGUUUUGUGGUUUAAGCAGAUCACAAACUCAGAAUCGGGAUUGCAGAGACUGUUCUACUGCUUUAACACACCAUUUGAGUUUACCUCAGACUUAUGCGGAGAUGGCUGUUGUAGAAAAGCUUUGGCAGUUUCAAGACUCGGUCCCCUGCAAGAUUCGAGCAAAAAGAGGUUGCGCUACUCACCCACGCAGCAUUGCUGAGAGGGUGAGAAGAACAAGGAUUAGUGAAAGAAUGAGGAAACUCCAAAGUCUUUUCCCGAACAUGGACAAGCAAACAAACACAGCAGAUAUGUUAGAUAUGGCGGUUGAGUACAUUAAAGAUCUUCAGAAGCAGGUCAAGACACUCACAGAUACGAAAGCCAGGUGCAGCUGUUCAAGCAAACACAAACCCUAUUUAAAUCUUUCUACCUGAUUUAUUUUUGUACAGAUAGCAAUAGCAGUAACAACAUGGGUAAAGCUGAGAAGGGGGCAAAAUUGCUAACUAGUCAUUUGUAAUGCAUCGAAGGAAUAAUAGGGUGUUGAGAGAGAGCUUGUGAAUGUCAAGUAGAUUUGCUGCUAGAGCCUUUGUGUAAGAUCUAGUAGGGGCUAUAUAUCUUAUAUAUUUGAUUAAUGUAUUCACAUUCUAUGCCAACCCCAAUAUCAGCUUGAUUAUCACCUGGUUUUUGUCAUUUUUUGUUGAUGUAAGUGACAAACAAAAUUGGAUAGGGGACAGAGUUAAAAGGAUAGAUUAGAAAUUGAGAAAAAAGGUGACAAACUAAAGGGUGGAAUUGAUGUAAUGAACAAGUAGCCAUAUCCUAAAGCAAUGGAUGUGACGUAAUUGGU